CCAUUCAUCACCACAUUCAAACACCAAUCAAUGUCUCCCUCAAUCCUCUUACUAUUUCUAUUCCUAUUCGUUACACCUUCAUUUUCAGCCUUUGUUGCCCCCAUCACAAAACACCAUGUCCACAACACCCCAUUUUACACCUUAAAACUCCAACUCAAAACCCCUAUGCAACCAACAUUUUUGCUACUUCACAUUGGCGCCACCUACACCGCGGUUAACUGCCAUAGCAACUACACCUCCACCACCUCCCGCCCUGUCCCAUGCAACUCAUCUCUCUGCCACUCCCUCCGAUCCAACCAACUCAUCUCUAAAAAAUGCGAUAUCACCACCAACGCCGCGGUUGGUGGUAAUUGUGUAAUUUCGCCUCAUAAGUCCUUCGCUAUGGUUGACUCACUCGCGUUACAAGCAACUGAUGGACGUAACCCGGGGAAACUUACUACGUUCCCCGAGUUUGUGUUCACUUGCUCUGACGAAUCCUCACGGUUAUUAAAAGGCCGGGCUAAGAAAGUGGUAGCCGGUUUAGCCGGUUUAGGGGUUUCAAAUUAUUCACUCCCCGCGCAGGUUAGCACCAACUCGUCAGUUUUCUCACUUUGUAUAUCUGGCUCACCUUCGGCUCCAGGCGUAGCGUUUUUCGGCCUAGAUAAACCGUAUUAUUUCUUCCCGGGACUUGAUGUCUCUAACCAUCUCUCCUACACACCACUGUUCUCAUAUCAUCCUGGAAUAUUCACUAACAGAAAAACCGAAACCAAACAGUUGAAAGACGGUUAUUACAUCAAGGUCAAAUCCAUCAUCAUAAACGGAAAACCAAUAAACAUAAACCAGAAACUGACAAUGAUCAGCACAACCAAUCCGUACACGGUAUUGGAGAGAACAAUCUUCAGAGCUGUAACUGUAGAGUUCAAAAAAGAAUCAAGAACUAUGAAGCUGAAGUCAGUUAAGCCUGUGAAACCGUUUAAAUUAUGUUAUGAAGCUGAUGGGGUUUUGGAAACUCAUUUGGGUCCAACAGUGCCUCAGAUUAAGCUUGUGAUGCAGAACGAUGUCGUCUGGAGGGUUUUCGGGAAGAAUUCGAUGGUGAGGAUUGUGGAUGAGGGUUUGGAUGCAUGGUGCUUAGCUGUGGUUGAUGGCGGUGUUGGGUCGGUUCCGGCGAUGGUGAUCGGAGGGCAUCAGUUGGAGGAUAAUCUGCUUCAGUUUGAUUAUGGGAAGAAAACGUUGGGGUUUAGUUCUACUCUUUUGCAGUACAAGACAUUGUGUGCUAAUUUUAAUUUUAGCACUAAUAAUGCCAUUAAGGUCUUUUAGGUUUUUUAUAGCAAUAUCAUA